GCAACAUUGUGCAUCAAUUUUUUUUUUGCCGCCGAGAUUGACGUUAUUGUCUAGGUUCGAAAGUCUCGUCUCUAUCUUUAUAGUGUACUAGAAUAUUAUACAAUCUGUCGGUGUCGGCGGUAUUAUACAUGGCGUCGAAAGCUAGGUUUCAAGAUGGUGAGAAGGUUCUGUGCUUUCACGGGCCUCUGUUGUACGUAGCAAAGUGCAUCAUGGCUCAGGUUAAAGACGAGCAAACCAUGUACUUUAUCCACUACAGGGGCUGGAACAAAAAUUGGGACGAGUGGGUUCCUGAAAGCCGCGUACUCGAGUUCAACGAUGUUAAUCUCCAAAAGCAAAAGGAACUCCAGAAGGCACACCUAAAGAGGGAAAAGAAAAAAGCUGCUAAACAAAAAAAAAAGAGGGAGAGAAGAAAUGCAGAAAAAAGCUCCAGAAACGGAAAGGUGCUGCAGCGACGGCGGCAGCUGCUUCUUACCAGCGAACUUCUAGUCAGGCUUCAGAGUCUGGUGGCGAAAGACGGAGAAAGAAACGAAGGCGUCUGGACACCCAUGUUGAGUCGGUGA